CUCCUGCUGCACAUGUGAAGAUACCAACCGUAUACCCGGAUCUUCUUCUUCUUCUCCUCCUCCUCCAUCGUCGUCACUACUCAUACCCCUUCGAAGAAAAUAAAAUAAAAAUUCUCGCCUACACACACCAUUGGAUCAUCCAUCCACCCCUGCUCAUAUCUCGUGCUGAUCCCGCAGCUGGACCCGGCUUUUCGGUUCCCAUCGAUCUGGGACGUCGUCCUUUGGGCGGUGGUGAUAUGGUCCUGGUGGUGGCUUGACCGCCCUGGGUCGUACUACUGCUCCCACACCGACGUCUCGUGGGGGCCGGCGACGGCUUUUUUUUGCUUGCUUACUUGCUUACUUCACACACACCAUACGAAUCGAACACAUUGUCGAUAGAGAGGACUUUUUUUUUUCUCUUUCGACCUUGCUUGCUUGUUGGUGCUGGUGCUGCACCUGCUGCAAACAUGCCUCUCUCUGAUCAAAUUCCGAUUGAUGACCAUUAUUCUACAUAUUCGGGCGAACGCGGCCAUGGAGAAGAAAGUCGCAGCUAUACGUCCGGCCGGACGUUGGCUACCACUACGACCAUGUAUCGACACGAAAAUGGGAGAACGUAUCAUGCCUAUCGGGAUGGCGAAUAUUGGCAACCCAAUGACGAGAAGCAAAACAAUCACGAAGCAAUAGUACACCACCUCUGCAUCCUCACCCUCCGCGACCAACUCUUCCUCGCCCCCGUCACCAAUCCCACACGAAUCCUCGACAUCGGCACCGGCACCGGAAUCUGGGCCACAGACAUUGCAGACCGCUUCCCCUCGGCCGAAGUCAUUGGAACCGAUCUCUCGCCCGUGCAACCGGGCAUGCAACCCGACAACUGCCACUUUGAAAUCGACGACUGCAUGGCCGAGUGGGUCUAUCCCGAAUCCCAUUUCGACUUUAUUCAUAUCCGAGGCCUGUUUGGGAGUAUCUCGGACUGGCCGACUUUGUAUCAACAGUGUUAUUCGCACUUGCAACCGGGGGGUUGGAUUGAACAGGUGGAAUGGAGUAUUCAGAAUCGGUCGGCGGAUGGGAGUUUGAGGCCGAAUUCUACUUUGGCAAAAUGGAGUAUGUAUGGAAUCGAAUGUGGCCGAAGACUCAAAAAGACGUUUAAGAUUGCCGAGGAAAUGGCUGGAAUGAUCAGCUCUGCUGGAUUCGUCGAUGUGGUCGAGAAGCGCUUCAAAUGGCCCAUUGGACCAUGGAGUUCCGAUCCUCGAUUAAAGGAAAUCGGGAGAUGGAAUCUGUUGAACUGGGAGGAAGGAAUGGAAGGCUGGGUGAUUGCUCCUUAUACCAGAGUGCUGGGUUGGUCUGCUGCGGAUGUCCAGGAAUGGCUGGCGGAGAUUCGAAAGGCUUUGAGAGACCGGAAGAAACAUGUAUACCAUGAAGUACGGCUGGUGUAUGCCCGGAAACCCUUCGAUCAUGAGAUGCGCAAACCAGAAGAAGCCACAAGUCAUGAACCAAGCAAUAAUGGGAGUUGCUCAGUGGAACAUCGAGAAGAAGCCCAGCAACCAGUCGCCCAAACAAAUCCAGAUGAAAAAGAAACGCAACUACCACUGCCCGAGACGAGUGGAGAAGAAGUGCAAACACCACUCGUCGAAACCAGUCAACUAGAAGAAGCUCCAAUACCACUCGACCAGGCGAGUCGAGAAGAAGCUCCAACGCCACUCGCCCGAGAGAAUCCGAUCUGCAACAACAGCGAACGCGGUACCUCUGACGAAAAGCAGGUCCCAGACAGUGCUGCAGCAGCAGCAGCAGCAGCAGCUACGAGCGACAAAGUUGUCGUUGUCGUCGAUGAAGCAUCUAUACGACAAUCUCUCGAGAGCGUAGAUAUCAGAGAAGAGUGAGACUUGGGGGGGUCGUAUACGAUGUCUGUCUCAACGACCUGACAUUUCAUUUCAUUUCAUAUUUGUAACGAGGAAAAGGGAAAUUCUUAGGGGCCCACGCAAUAUUCCUCUGGAUACAUGUAUACCACAAAUGUACGAUUGAUGAUAUCUUUAUAUAUAUCGGAGAAGCAACGAAUGCCGAC